GAGCAUCAUUAGGGUUUUUUUUCCUAAUAUUCGAUCCUCUCUUCUCUCUAAUCGGCUCCAGCCUGCUACUCUGCAGCACUAUCAUCAUGUCCUCCUCAAUUACCAAGGACACACCUGUUAUUCAGCUUCACGCUAAAACCCACUUCCCGAUCAAAUUGGUGUCUACCAAUUUUCCGAUCUGGCAGCGUCAACGUCAAGUUCGUUCCACCCUCAUCGGCCUUGAUCUUCUUGGCUAUGUUGAUGGCAGUCUCACUGCCCCUCCACAAACAGUAGCUGAUGCUGUCAAUCCAUGUUAUGGUAUUUGGUUUCGUCAAGACCAGGCCAUUGUUGGUGCUCUCCUCGGCAGCUGCACUGACACUAUUCAACCUCUUAUCUCAAACGUUGCCACGUCCCGUGAAGCCUGGCUUAAUCUUCAUUCCAGCUUUGCAAGCGCCAGUCGAGGUCAUGUUCUUGCCCUCAAGUCAAAACUUGGCAAGAACCCCCGUGGUAAUCGCUCUAUCAAUGACUAUCUCCAUGAUAUGCAGUCCAUCUCCAAUGAACUUGCGUUGAAUCAGAAUCCCAUCAAGGACGAAGACCUGGUUGCCCAUGUUUUAAAUCAACUUGGUUCUGAAUAUGAUCCUAUUUCAUCUGCGGCUUUCAUUCGCGGUUCUGCCAUUUCCUUUCCUGAACUGGGAGACAUUCUCCGGGAUUUUGAACAUAAACUCCAAGUGUCUGAUACGGCUGUUUCUAGUAUGGUGGCCACGGCAAACUCUACUCAGCGUCACUCGGUGUCUAAUUCUCGGUUCAAUGGCGGCCAUUCCUCCACGGCUCCUAUAGCUUAUCCUCGCCGUGGUCAGCAGCACCUGGGCUCGGGAAGGCAGACGCGGCGUCAAGAUGGCGCUCAUUCCUCCUGCCAGUUUUGCUCCAUUCCCGGACAUGAUAUCAAGGUGUGCCGCAAACUUGCUCGUCUACUUCGUGACAAUGGUCUUCAGGCACAUCCUACGGGUCCUUCCGUCCCAGUGGCUCACAUGACUGCUGCUGCCCCAGUUGGUCUUGAUUCCUUGAUGUUUGACAGUGGGGCAAGCCAUCAUACUACUCCUAAUCCUCAGCAGCUUCACUCGCUCUCUGACUACGGUGGUCCUGAUGAGAUUCGUUUGGGCAACGAUUUAAUAGACAUUGAUGACAUAGAUCCUGUACUUGACAUCUAUUUCAUUGACAUGUUGGAAGGAAACAGUGGUGUUGAACAUGCCGGCCAUCGGUAAUUUGUCCACACAUGAAGAGAAUGAAAGUGAUGGCAAUGUUCGAAGAAGUGUUGAACUCCCAGUCCCUGUAAGCCUUGUCCCUGAUGUUGGGAUGAAGUUUUCAAAUUAUGAUGCCAUAUAUGAAUUCUACCAUACUUAUGCAAAGGGAAUGGGGUUUCCCAUUAAAAAGAGAAGUUUGAGGAGGGGAUGUUAUGGAACAAUACGUUCUAUCACAAUCUCAUGUGGUAGAGAAGGUAAUAGGGUGAGCCGAUCUAAGAAUUGUCUAAAGCCACAAGCCCGAUCCAAUUGUGGUUGCACAGCCCGAAUUACGGCAACAUGUGAUGAUGAAGAGUAUGUACUAAUAUUAUUAAAAAAUUAUUGAAAAAUGUUAGGAUUAAUUAAAAAGUUGAUUUCAUUUAAAGUCAUUUACCUCUAAUCGUCUACGAAUUCAUUCUUCUUAUAUUUUACUCCCUCCGUCCCUCAGUUUUUGUCCACUUUUGACUUUUGGAACUGUUCAUUUAAGCACUUUGACUCAUCAAAUUCUCUCAAUGUGUAAGUCUAAAUAUAGUCAUGUGUGAUCUUGUUUGAUUUGUCUUAACAUAUAGAUUAUUAAUAUAUAAUUUCUAUAAUUUUUUAAUAUACAAAUUACAAGAUAAAAUGAAUUAAAGAAAUGCAUUGGAUGGUA